AUGGACCAAGAUGACACAUGUUUAAAUAAACCAAAUUCUAUAAAAAGUAUUGAAGAAUAUUUAAAUUGUGCCAAAAAAGUUUUUGAAAGACGUUUAGAAAACGAAAAAAUGAUUAGAACUAAGGCGGACGAGUUUAUUUUACAUAAAACUAUUGGUUUAGGUGCGUUUGGUCGAGUGUUAUUAGUCAAUCACAAUUCUGAUCCAAAUACUUUUUUAGCAAUGAAAGUUAUGAAAAAGGAACAGGUUUUACGUAAAAAUAACGUACAGCAUGUACUAAAUGAAAAACGGUUUUUAGCUGCUAUACGACAUCCGUUUAUUAUGCAUAUGCUUUAUUUUGCCAAAGACCAUUGCAACUUAUAUUUUAUUAUGCCAUUCGCGAUCGGUGGAGAUUUGUUCAGCUUAUUACGAGAGAAAGGCUCAUUGGGCGAAUUUAAUGCUAAGUUUUAUUCAGGGCAGAUGGUGUUGGCUUUGGAAUAUUUACACACGUUAGACAUAAUUUACAGAGAUCUGAAACCAGAAAACAUAUUGAUUGAUGGUAACGGUUAUAUAAAACUGACAGAUCUUGGAUUUUGUAAGCGAGUUGUUAAACGGACUUAUACGAUGUGCGGAACACCACAGUAUUUGGCACCAGAGGUUAUCUUAUUGAAAGGCUAUGGCAAAGCGGUGGAUUGGUGGUCGUUUGGAGUUAUCACUUAUGAAAUGGUUACAGGAAGUCUACCGUUUGACGCGGAUAGCGAUCGAAGGAUGUAUAAAAAAAUCAUUGCUGGUUUUUACAAAAUACCUAAUAACAUAUCGCCUGAUCUCACAGAUUUGAUACAAAACUUGUUACAAACGGAUUUGACUAAGAGAUACGGCAGUUUAAAAAACGGGACUGACGACAUAAAGCAACACCGUUGGUUUAGAACAAUUGAUUGGCUCAUGCUGUUAAACCGUUCAAUUAGAGCACCAUGUGUGCCAAAUUACAGUGGACCUUCAGAUACAAGUAAUUUUGAGAAAUUUUCGGAGGAAAAAAUUUUUGGAACCGUGUGCAAUAAUAAAGAUCACGGAGAAUUUUCAGAUUUUUAGAGACAAAUAUUAAAUAUUUGUCAUGUGUAACAAAAUUACUUAAUGAAUUUUAAAAUAAUAAUAUCCUGAGAUUUUAUAGCAAUUAUUGGCAAAAAAUUAGUAUAUCAGUUGACCUAAAAUGUUUA